AUGUCGACUGCCAAAGGACCUGCCACGUUUGCUGAUGACGGAAGUUCUGUCAUUGAACGUGCUAUUGAAACAGAAAGUGUCAAACACAAUAAUCUCGAGACGCUUUAUGAGAUAGAUCGCACUGUCGAUCGAAUCGUCAAUGGAAACUACAAGAGAAUUGCUCUUCAAUUUCCGGAUGAAUUGCUAGCCGAUGCAACCGCAGUAUCAUCGAUCCUUCAACAAAAGACAGGCAAGAGUUUCUUUAUUCUUGCCGAUACUUCUUAUGGAAGCUGUUGUGUGGAUGAAGUCGCAGCUGAGCAUUGCAACGCUGAUCUGAUUGUUCACUAUGGCCGAUCCUGUCUCUCUCCAACAUCGCAUUUACCUGUCCUGUAUGUAUUUGGUCAACAAUCAGUGGAUAUCGACCAUUGUAUCAAGGAAUUUGAAACAUUAUUUCCUGACAAGAAUACACCUGUUAUUGUGAUGUGCGAUGUGGAAUACUCUUAUGAUGUUGAAGACACGCUCAAAGAGGCCGAUGGUAGCUGUGGAUCGUCCAAACCACGCUUGAUUACUACCGAGGAAUUGAGUGCUGAGAAGACCAAGGGAGGAAGAUAUUACACUUUACCCAAAGAUCUGCCCAUCGAAUCAUGUUCGAUCUUUUUUGUCGGAAGCGAGAGUUUGACAUUAACCAAUAUCUUGAUGGUUCACAACAAAUGUCAGUUGUACACUUAUGAUCCCAAGACUAAAGAAGCUAGAAAGGAAACAGUCCAAGUGAACAGGAUGCUAAUGAAGAGAUACGUCUUGGUUCAAAAGGCCAAGGAUGCUAAUACUAUUGGUAUCGUUGUUGGUACUCUUGGUGUUGCUUCUUAUAUGAAUAUCAUCGAACAUAUCAAAAAGCUGGUUUCGAUCUCUGGCAGAAAAUCAUAUCUAUUUGUGAUGGGUAAACUUAAUGUAGCCAAGAUGGCUAAUUUUAUGGAGGUUGAUUGUUAUGUGCUGGUUGCCUGUCCCGAAAAUAGUUUGAUUGAUUCAAAGGAAUUUUACCGCCCAAUCGUAACCCCCUUUGAACUUGAGAUUGCACUGGCAAAGUCAAAGGAGUGGACAGGAGAUUAUAUCACUGAUUUUUCAAAGUUACUUCCCAGUCUCCGCACAGAUGACUUUACAUAUGACAAGGAAGAUGAAGACGGCUCAAGUGAUGAAGAAGAACACUUUUCGUUGAUUACUGGACAAUACAAGACUCGUCCACGACGUAACAAUUCUAUAGAUUUAGAUACACCAUUGACUAGUAAAUUGACUGAUCUUACACUUCGAAGCAAAGAUACUAGUAUAUCUAUGUUGUUGAACAGUACAGCAGGAGAGUACCUGAAGAAUCGAUCUUACAGGGGUCUUGAACCCAAUAUCGGACAGGAUGAGGCUGGAAGUGUGCAGGAAGGACGUUCGGGUAUUGCCAGAGGAUAUGCUGAUGAAAAAGACCUCUAA